UAUAACAAAUAAUAAAAAUAUCGUUUAUAUCCAUGUAUGUACAUAUUUGUACUCGUAUGAAUAAUUAUGAAAUAUAACCUAAGAACUUUAAUACAUCUUUCACGUGGCUUCGAGAGACCUGCAACUAUUUUUGAAUACCUAUAAGGUUAAGUCUGUCAUGUAUUGAAUGUUGCGUGAAUAUUGAUUAUUUUAACAUAUUAAGUAGUUUUCAUAUAACAAUCUGCCAACAAAAUGUCGAUUAAGAAGACUAAAACUGCAACAAAAGGAGGAAAACAGAUAGUAGAAGAGAAUAAAACAACGUUAAGUUUUUAUCAGAACAUGAUUAUUGGAGCAAUAGGAAUAUAUUUUACUGUUACAAUGUUAUUUUUUAAUUUUACAACAUUAUCAAUAAUAUUAACUAUAUUCUCUGGAAUUGUAUAUAUAGGAAGUUAUCAAUUUAUGAAAUAUAUAGCACAAGCAACAUAUUCAGAAUCGGGUCAACUAUCAGAUUCUGGAAUUGAUCUUAACAUGGAAGGAGGUAUAGCAGAACACGUAAAAGAUUUAAUUAUAUUAACUUCAGGAGUACAAGUACUUUCUCUUCUAUCAAAUUAUGUUUGGUUGUUAUGGCUCCUUGUACCAUUGAGGGGAGGAUGGAUGCUAUGGAAACAGAUAUUAGGUCCAUGGUUUUUUGCACCUGCUUUAGAUCAACCUGAGAUUAGUGAAAAGAAACAACGAAAGUUGGAGAAGAAAAUGGCUAGACGGCAUUAAUAUUUUACUUAGGAAUAAAAGUAUAUGCUGAAUAAUUAUUUGAAAAUUUCAUGGGUGUGGGAUAAAUUCAAGAAAGAUUAUGAAACAAAACUGCCUAUUAUUUGAUACUUGUUUUAACUUGCAUUGUUUCAUAGACUCUCUUAUAUUUAUAAAAAUGCAAUUUUUUAUGUCUUUCAUAUGAAUUUUUAUAUAAAUUAUACAAGCAACCUCUUAGAAGUUGGAUGAUAUUUAUAAUCUGUUACAUUAAUUUCAAAAACCGUCUGUCACUAUUCAAAGGAGAAUGUUGACGAAAAGAUAAAUACGAAAAUAAAUUUUAUAAUUUUUAACAUUA